AUGGGAUCCAAAGGAAUGCCUAAUCGCCACGAGCUUCGCGACUACAACUACGCUGUCGCCGGCCAUGCCGGCACGCUCUGUACCCCCAAUGGCGAGCUCUUUAUCAAGCCCUGUACCCAGUCCGAGAUUGAUUUCUACCAGUCUGCUACUCGAAGGCACCCCGAAUUCGCCGAGAUCAUGCCCUUGUUCAUGGGCUCCCUGAUGCUGAGCGACCCCGCUGACUCAACAAUUGACGAAGCUGUUGCCGGUGUUAUUUCCCAAACUGGAGAUGUCAAGACGUCCAAGGAGGAGAUUGUCGCCUCUGUCCGCCAGCAGGUCGCCGAGGCUGCUGCGCAACCGCCCAAGGACACUGUUACUUGGGUCCCUAGUAAGGACAACAAGAUCAAGACCGACAAGGCGGUUGUGCUAGACAAUGCGACGUAUGGGUUCAAGAGCCCCAACAUUCUCGACGUCAAGCUUGGUGUCAGGCUAUGGGCCGAUGACGCCCCUCUACAGAAGAAGCAGCGCUUCGACAAGAUCUCGGCCGAGACCACCCAUGGCAGCUUGGGAUUUCGUAUUGCAGGCAUGCGAGUCUAUCGCGGAUCAGAGGAUGCUACUGAGCUGGACGAGGAAGAUUACAAGAUCUACGACAAGGAUUAUGGCCGAAUGCUUGUCAACAAGGACAAUGUCGUGGACGAGUUCCGAAGGUUCAUCUUUAACAAGGCCGCCGGAAUCGACGAGGAUCUUGGAAAGGCUGUUUGCGCCGCCUUUGUAAGGGACCUGCAGAGGGUUGAGGAGGUUCUCUCAAGUCACGAGAGCCGCAUGUACUCAUCUUCGCUCCUGUUCAUCUUUGAGGGUGACGGCGAGGCCCUACGGAGUGCUAUUGAGGAGAACAAUGCACUCAUCGAUGCGGAGGCCGGCAUUGGCCAAGCGGCUCGAACUACCAAGAGGGUUGAUAGUGGCAUCGCUCUGGAUGACGAUGACGAGCUGGACGAGGACUCAGACCUCGAGGCUUCGUUGCCGCAAAUUUACGGCCUGAAGCUUAUUGACUUUGCUCACGCCGAAUGGGCGCCCGGCCAGGGACCUGACGAGAACUCACUGACUGGCGUAAGGAGUCUGCUCCGCAUCUUUGAGGAGAUGGGACAAUAA